AUGGCGGCAGCGGCGCAGUCACUGUCCGAGCGGACGAGAGCCAUAUUCGGCGACGACUUUGACGGACCGAGCGAUGUCCAGGGUUUCGAAAUUGCUGCUUCGUAUAAGCGAAAAGUCGAGUAUGAAAGCGUCCGCGAGCUACCCAAAGCCCUAGCCGAAGCGCAGGCGAAGGCCACUGCUGCAAGAGGACCCAAGAGACCUAAGGUGCAGUCUGGAGGGAACCAGAUGGCACUGGUGAAGAGUGACGGAAAACCCGACUCUCAAUCACAGUCGGCACAAGCCAACAACGGCACGGCCAUAGGCAACAGUUUGAUCCGGAGACCGAACAUGCAACAGCCUCGACCCGACUGGCACGCGCCGUGGAAGCUGAUGAGGGUCAUUUCUGGGCAUCUAGGAUGGGUGCGCGCUUUGGCCGUGGAGCCUGGAAAUCAGUGGUUUGCAUCAGGUGCAGGAGACAGGACAAUCAAGAUCUGGGAUCUGGCGUCAGGACAGCUCCGUCUCACACUUACAGGCCAUAUCUCUACUGUUCGUGGGUUGGCGGUGUCCCCUCGACAUCCAUACUUGUUUUCCUGUGGAGAAGACAAGAUGGUCAAAUGUUGGGAUCUGGAGACAAACAAAGUCAUCCGUCACUACCACGGACAUUUGUCCGGAGUGUACACGCUCGCCCUGCACCCGACGCUCGACGUGCUUGUCACCGGUGGUCGAGAUGGCGUCGCUCGUGUCUGGGACAUGCGGACCCGGUCCAAUAUCCACGUCCUCAGUGGACACAAAGGCACCGUCACCGAUGUCAAGUGUCAGGAAGCUGAUCCGCAAGUCAUCUCUUCGAGUCUCGACAGUACUGUGCGAUUGUGGGACUUGGCCGCCGGCAAGACAAUGGGCGUGCUUACACACCACAAAAAGGGCGUCAGAGCCCUCACCACCCACCCCAAGGAAUUCACGUUCGCUUCUGCCUCCGCCGGCUCCAUCAAGCAGUGGAAAUGCCCUGAAGGAGCGUUUAUGCAGAAUUUUGACGGCCACAACGCCAUCAUCAACACUCUCGCCGUAAAUGAGGACAACGUCCUCGUCAGUGGGGGUGAUAAUGGCAGUGUCUGCUUCUGGGACUGGAAGUCAGGUCACCGAUUUCAGUCCACGGAAUCGCUUGCCCAGCCUGGGUCGCUUGACGCUGAGGCCGGCAUCAUGAGCAGCACCUUUGACCAGACCGGGCUGCGAUUGAUCAUGGGUGAAGCAGACAAGACCAUCAAGAUCUGGAGACCUGAUCCGGAUGCGACGCCCGAAACGCACCCGUUGGACUGGAAGCCCUCGUUGGGAAGAGUCAAGUUUUAG